CGGUGGGUCAGACCCUCUCCAGGCAGACGCGUUGACCACUUCCCUGUAUAGAUGCCAACGCUCGAGCCCGGACCCCGUCCCUCAGACCGUUGGCGACAGCGGGCGGUGACGAUGCUCCGCUAGGUGGACACCAUCUCCUCUUGCGCGCGGACCCACAGGGGGAACACACCUGAACUCCUCGAAGAGAGAGACGUUCAUCCCUCAGUAAACACGCGCCAUGGAGAACUCGAGCGCACGCGCCAUGGAGAACUCGAGCGCACUCACAAGCUUUCACUCUUUACUCAGCUUCGCGGAGAAUGACACCAGCGUCACCCCGGCUCCACAGGACCCCCGACAGGACCUGGCCAGCGCCGGAUUACGCGUCGCCACGGACUCCGUGUCUCUCAUGGCCAGCACUCUCAGGACCACGGUCGCCGGACGCUGGAACACCCCGGCCCCCGCGCAUCUGGUGGUGGCGUUCUGGGACUCCCCGCUGAGCCACGGCAUCAACGUGUUCGUGGGGAUGGUGCUGUGCUUCACCAUGCUGGGGCUCGGCUGCACGGUGGAGCUCAGCCAGCUCGGGGAGCACGUCCGCCGGCCGAUCGGUGUCCUCCUGGCGCUGGUGUGCCAGUUCGUCAUCAUGCCGCUGGUGGCCUUCCUGCUGGCACUCACGUUCUCGCUCAGCGACGUGGCGGCGAUCGCAGUGCUGCUGUGCGGCUGCUGUCCGGGGGGGAACCUGUCCAACAUCAUGUCCCUCCUGGUCAACGGAGAAAUGAACCUCAGCAUCAUAAUGACCAUCUCGUCCACGGUUCUGGCACUGGUUCUGAUGCCCCUGUGCCUGUGGCUGUACAGCCGGGCCUGGAUCAACACGCCGGUGGUGGACCUGCUGCCCUUCGGCGCGAUCAUCCUGACGCUGUGCAGCACCCUCAUCCCCAUCGGCCUCGGCGUGUACCUGCGCUACCGCUACACGCGCGCCGCCGACCUCAUCCUGAAGGUGUCCCUCUGGUCGUUGCUGGUUACCCUGGUGAUGCUGUUCCUCCUGACGGGGGCCAUGCUGGGCCCGGAGCUGCUGGCCUCUCUCCCCGCGGGGGUGUAUGCGGUGGCGGUGCUGAUGCCCCUGGCGGGGUACGCCGCGGGGUACGGCCUGGCCUCCCUGUUCGGCCUGCCGCCCAGCAGCCGCCGCUCCGUCUCCCUGGAGACGGGCUGCCAGAACGUGCAGCUGUGCACCGCCAUCCUGAAGCUGGCCUUCCCGCCACAGCUGAUCGGCGGGCUGUUCAUGUUCCCACUGCUGUACGCGCUGUUCCAGGCCGCCGAGGCCGGCGUGCUCAUCCUGCUGUACCGCGCGUACCGCCACCAGGUCCUGCGCAAGCCAGAGCUCCUGCAGGACCACCAGACCAGCGUCACCUACAACACCCUGAAAGAGGAGGAGUCAGGGUUCGACCCAGCCUACGGGUCUGUGAUGGCCAGCGACCCCACCUCCAUCGCCCUCGACCCCAAACCAAGCCCUGCUCAUGUUUAGAGAGGGACUUUUCCAUCUUCUGUGUGUCCACAUAGCCUAAGUUAUAUCGGAGUACUUCAUGAGGCAGUUUCAUAAACGACAAACAGAGCCCUGGGUAAAACGACAAACUCAGAUGUGUGUACCGCAUAUGUCAUUAUCAAAAGUGAUCCUGCGCUAUUCUGAAUCCCAGAAACACUGAAACAGUGAAAGUGGGCACUUGGUAGAUGAAAAGUACUAUUACUCCAGUGCACCAAUAAUACAGAUACAACUUUACAGCAGUGGCCCUCACUCCUGGUCCUGGAGAGUCGCAGGGUGUGGCUGGUUUUGGUUUUUGUCUUAAGCGACCAAUCCUUCUGUUUUCCGCUGGUUGAGUACAGUGAUCCGCGUACCUUCUGAACUGCGCUCAACCAGCGGAAGAUGGAGGGAUACAUGCGUGUUCAGCGGUUAUAGAUCCAACCGUCUCUCGUUUUUACAAUGUUUUUCUUGCGCGUGUAUUUCCAGUACACAUGCUACCUCGUUUAAAUAAGACAGCUUUGGAGUUACUGUAAGGUGUAUUUCUUCACUUUGAAGGAGGUAGGCUACUGACUCCUAUAGGCUUUAUGAUAAGCUAACACGUUGUGCUAACAUGGAAACCGAGCCAGUGAAUGCACAAAAAUGGAUGGGUAAGUCAGAAAAAAGGUAUAUUUCACAAAAUGUUGGUGUAUUCCUUUAAGUACUGAAUAACAACGAAAGCCAGCACAUCCUGUGGCUCUCCAGGACCUGGAAUGAGGACCCCUGCUCUACGGGACUCAUGUAACCUAGACCGGUUGUCUCACUCAUGAGCGUCUGCCAUAAUAAACCUUGGGGAAGUUAAAAGGCUUAUUAAUAGGGCAGUCCCGUCCGGUUUCACGUCAUUCGUUUUGAAAAUAAAAUACCAUCGUGGACAUGAUCAUUGGGUCCUCUGCCGAUUAUUUAUUAAUUAUCCCAAAAAUGUCCCCGCUUUGGAAGCAGAAAUAAACAGCCUAUAUUUUAAGACUGCAAAAAGACACGUAAUCACAUGACCUUACCGGAACACAUGGCGUUAGUAGCCGAUCCACAGCUUUGAUUUUUCAGUAGGUCUUCUUGCUUUCCACUUGAUCGGCGUGAUUGGGGUUGUAACUUGUUGAAAUGUAAACGUGCUUCCGCGAUUACAGCGCAGAUGAGAGUCGCUGUGUUGGGCGACAACGUGUAUGACAAAGAAAAACCUCCCAAUAAAAUGUAAAAAUGUGUAAAUGUUUCUCAUAUAUAUAUAAUCAAUUAUGAACAAAUAAAAUUGAGUUGAAAAAAUCUGAA